CGACGGCCGAGCCGGGCGGCUGAAGACAAGCGCACUCUCACCCGGUCGCGAGAUGUUCUCCAGCAAGCCCAAGUAUUCAGCCGACAAGACCAAGGUGCACCUCAAGAUGCUCUGCAACCGCUUCCAGCUCCUCACACAGAAGAAGGCGAACCUCGCAAAGCAGCAGAAGCGGCAGGUCGCCACGCUGCUCCGCGACGACAAGGAGCAAAACGCACGCAUCCUCGUGGAGCACAUCAUCCGCGAGGACUACACCCUCGAGUCGUACGGCAUCCUCCGUCAGUACGCCGAGAUGCUGCUCGCCCGCCUCGAGGUGGUCAACUCGGAGGACCACCUCAAGCCGGAGAUUGCCGAGGCGGUGUGCGCGCUGCUGUACGCGGGCUGGCUGUACGGCUCCGAGAUCCCGGAGCUCAAGGUGCUGCACGCGCAGUUCACGGCAAAGUACGGCAAGGAGUAUGCGCAGGAGGUCAUCGAGAACAAGGAGAAGUACCUCAACCACCGCCUCGUCCGCAUGCUCACCUCGACGCAGGUGCCGGACCCCUCUGUCGUCGAGCUCUACCUCACGGAGAUCGCAAAGGCGUACGGCGUCGACUUCACGCCGAAGCCGCCGCCCGGCGCGUUCGGCGCCGCGCCCGACCCCAUCUCGUCCACAAUCGGCAUCGCCCUCCCGCUGCCGGGCAUGCCAGUCAACUCGGCCGAGCCGGUGGCGCCGCAGCCCGCGCCGGCCGCGCCUGCGCGGCCCGCCGCCGGCGUCGCGCUGCCGGUCGCGUCUGCGUCGUGCGCGCUGGCGCAGGGCACGAGCAGCGGCGGCGCGGUGCCCUUCACCGUCACGCUGACCAAGGGGAUUGCCGGCUUCGGCAUGAACCUCACCCCCGACAACGUGGUCGUCGCAAUCAAGCCGGGCUCCGAGGCGGCGGCCUGCGGCCUCAUCCAGCCGGGCGACCGCGUGCUGCACCUCAACGGCCACGCGGUCUCCGUCGACGAGCCGGUCAAGAGCUUCGCCAUCGACCUCGCCGACGGAGCCGCCGCAACCUUCUCCCUCGUGCGGCACGCCGACACGGACUCGGCCGGCGGCGCGGCGCACAUCCCUGUCGUCGACGGCUCGCCCGCCACGCCGCCGCAGCAGCCCGCCGCGCCGGCGGCGGCGCCACCGCCGCUGAGCGCGGAUGACGACCUCGCCCGCAGGCUAGCUGACCUCAAGCGGGGCUGAAAGGAGUGCGAGUUGUCAAAUAGCUUGGUUCCACGUGUUCGGUGUCGCGCGCGCGGAUCGCGGGGGCCACGCGCGACGUGUGUGUGUGUUGGAGAUGGAGUGUACAAGCGGUGGAUUGAGGAUUGUCGUGCGGCGCUCUC